CGCAUCAAUUCCCCUCCCCCGCUUACCCGCGUUAUCCAAAUCAUCCUCCGCGAGACACCUCACCGCAUCUCUCUCUCUCUCUCUCUCUCCCUCUCUUCGCCCCGCGUUUCGAAGCUCGCGUCCCCGUCCAUGGCGACGCGGCGGAGACCCCCCUCGUCGAGCACCUCGAGCGCCCCUCCGAUCGCCGACGAGGUCCGAUCCCGAGAUCCUAAGCCAUCCGCGGCGGCUGAGGACCCUCCCUUGGCGCCGCCGAAGCUGGGGUUCGUCGCCGCCGCCUCCGCGCUCUUCUUCGUCCCCUUCUUCUACCUCGCCUUCGUCCACUACCCGAUCGAGCCCGAUCUGCGGCGGUCCAUCGCCAUUAGCGUCGCCAUGAGCUUCGGCGGCUUCCUCGUCGCCCUCCGGAUGAUCCCCGUCGCCGCGCGCUACGUGCUGCGGCGGAACCUCUUCGGGUACGACAUCAACAAGAGGGGGACUCCUCAGGGCACCGUAAAAGUGCCCGAGUCACUUGGUAUUGUCAUUGGAAUUGUCUACUUGGUCAUUGCUAUAUUGUUUCAGCAUUUCAACUUCACAUCUGACUCCAACUGGCUUGUUGAGUACAAUGCUGCACUAGCAUGUAUCUGCUUUAUGAUUCUCCUUGGCUUUGUGGAUGAUGUUCUUGAUAUACCAUGGAGAGUGAAAUUGGUGCUGCCUUCAUUUGCAGCACUUCCUUUAUUGAUGGCAUAUGCUGGGCAUACUUCUAUCAUCAUACCGAAGCCUCUAAUACCAUAUGUUGGAGUGCCUGUUCUUGAUUUAGGUUGGAUAUACAAGCUAUACAUGGGCAUGCUAGCGGUUUUUUGCACAAAUUCUAUCAACAUACAUGCAGGUUUGAAUGGCCUUGAAGUUGGGCAAACUGUUGUAAUUUCAGCUGCGGUUUUGAUACAUAAUAUAAUGCAAAUAGGAGCAUCUACAGACCCAGAAUACAAACAGGCUCAUGCAUUUUCGAUUUAUCUUGUCCUGCCUCUACUGGCUACUUCCUUAGCUUUACUUUCAUAUAACUGGUAUCCUUCUUCAGUUUUUGUUGGUGAUACCUAUACCUAUUUUGCUGGGAUGGCUCUAGCUGUUGUUGGAAUUUUGGGUCAUUUCAGCGAGACACUUCUGCUCUUCUUUUUGCCUCAGGUUCUGAAUUUCCUCUACUCGUGUCCACAGCUCUUUAAGAUUAUCCCUUGUCCAAGGCAUCGUCUGCCAAAGUUUGAUCCGCAAACAGGACUCUUGACGGGGACGAAGGAUGGGACCCUCGUUAACCUAUUCCUUAGACUGUUUGGUCGGUGCACAGAAAGGGCUCUUUGCAUCAAACUUCUAAUUUUUCAGGCCAUGGCAUGCCUUCUAUGCUUCUGGUUGAGGUACAUCCUCGCCGGAUGGUACAAAUGAAGCCGAAGGUACCGUAGAUCCUGCAGCUUACUGAUUUUAUCCAUGUAGGGGAACUGCUAGAAGAGAUUUCUCACAGAUUUUGCAUUUUUAGGUUUAUAUGUAUUGUUUACUUAUACCCAAUCUCACAAUUGUUGAAUUGGAUAACAUAACAUUAUUCCCCCCCCUCCCCCCCCCCUCCCCAUUUGCUAGCAUGAGUUUAUUUUUCACCUAAAAAGUGUUUACCACAGCUUUUGACUUUUUUUUUGGUGUACUUUUUGGGAGUAAAGUAACUAGCACCUCUUCUUUGACUUUU